UCUUUGUAUGAUGUAUGUUUGGAGAAAAGGAAGUAUCACAAUUUUGGCCAUUCGAAACACAUUGUCCCAUUGGCUUUAUAUAUUUCCUGCAACUGCUCAAGUGUAAAGUUCUUGUUUUGGUUGAGUGUUGGCAAUCGAACCUGCCCCAGCUAAUGGGAGUGUCUUUUUUUCAUGGCAGAUCCUUUCCGUCUUCUCCUCAGUUCAAUCUCAUUCAUGGUGGUGUAUCCGUAAUGCAAUCAGUUGAUGUGAACAACAAGAAAAAUCUGAAGCGUUCAAGAUCUCCGCCUUUCAACAUGCCGUUGACAGACUUUCACGAUGCCCAAAAUUUUGAUGAUAACAGCCUUUUCCCUGUUGAAGAGAUUGUACAAUACCCACUACCAGGAUAUGUCACACCGUCUUCAAUAAGUUUCAGCCCUGAUGAUCAUUUAAUUGCGUAUUUAUUCAGUCCUGAUAACACAUUGAAUAGGAAGGUUUUCUCUUUUGAUCUGAAGACAUCUAAACAAGAACUGUUAUUUAGUCCCCAUGAUGGCGGGCUCGAUGAGAGUAAUAUAUCUCCGGAAGAAAAGUUAAGGAGGGAGAGGUUGAGGGAGCGUGGAUUAGGGGUGACACGAUAUGAAUGGGUGAAUACAAGUUCCAAAAGGAAAGCGAUCAUGGUGCCUUUGCCUACUGGGAUUUACAUCCAUGACAUGUCCUAUUCAAAAGCAGAGCUCAAGCUUCCAAGCAUACCAGCUUCCCCUAUUAUUGAUCCGCGUCUAUCCCCAGAUGGGUCAAUGAUUGCCUAUGUACAGGACUGUGAAUUGUUUGUUCUGAAUCUGUUGUCUAAUGAAUCAAAGCAGUUGACCCAUGGUGCCAAGGAAAAUGGUUUGACUCAUGGCCUUGCUGAAUAUAUAGCCCAGGAGGAAAUGGACAGGAAAACUGGAUAUUGGUGGUCACUAGACAGUAAAUAUAUAGCUUUCACUGAAGUUGAUUCUUCUGAAAUACCACUUUUUAGAAUUAUGCACCAAGGCAAAAGCUCAGUUGGUUCAGAGGCACAGGAAGACCAUCCGUAUCCUUUUGCAGGAGCUUCAAAUGUUAAAGUUCGUCUUGGUGUUGUUUCGGUAGCUGGAGGAUCCACUACUUGGAUGGAUCUUGUCUGUGGGGGAAUGGAUCAGCAAAAUAAUGAGGAAGAAUAUUUGGCAAGAAUCAAUUGGAUGCAUGGGAACAUUCUCACAGCCCAGGUCUUGAACAGGCACCAAACGAAAAUGAUGAUCCUUAAAUUUGAUAUCAGAACUGGUCAGAGGAAGACUUUAUUGGUGGAAGAAAACAGCACAUGGGUCAAUGUGCAUGACUGUUUCACCCCUCUUGAUAAAGGAGUUACCAAGUUUUCUGGGGGGUUUAUUUGGGCUAGUGAGAAAACAGGAUCUAGACACCUUUAUCUUCAUGAUGCGAAUGGGGCUUGUUUAGGACCCAUCACCGAAGGUGAAUGGAUGGUUGAGCAAAUAGCCGGUGUGAAUGAGGCUACAGGUCUAGUAUAUUUCACUGGGACCUUAGAUGGGCCUUUGGAGUCUAACUUAUACUGUGCUAAACUCGGUGUGGAUGGAAGUCAACCACUGCAUGCCCCUGUUAGACUUACUCAUAGCAAGGGAAAGCACAUUGUGGUACUUGAUCAUCGUAUGCAGAAUUUCGUUGAUAUUCAUGAUGCGCUUGAUUGUCCUCCUAGGGUGUUACUUUGCUCAUUGGACAAUGGAAGCAUAAUCAUGCCCCUGUAUGAGCAGCCACUUACAACGCCAAGAUUCAAAAAGCUUCCACUCAAGCCACCAGAUCUGGUGGAAAUCCAGGCUAAAGAUGGCACCCCAUUAUAUGGGGCCCUAUAUACGCCAGAUGCAUCAAGAUUUGGACCUCCGCCUUACAGAACUAUGAUCCAUGUUUAUGGGGGUCCAAGUGUGCAGCUUGUUUCUAAUUCUUGGAUCAGUACAGUUGACAUGAGAGCACAAUAUUUGCGAAACCAGGGCAUCUUAGUUUGGAAGUUGGACAAUAGAGGAACGGCUAGACGGGGAUUGAAGUUUGAAGGCUACAUAAAGAACUGUCUUGGUCAAAUUGAUGCUGAUGAUCAGCUAGGUGGAGCGGAAUGGCUCGUUAAACAAGGGCUUGCAAAACACGGCCGCAUUGGUUUGUAUGGUUGGAGCUAUGGCGGGUAUCUGUCUGCAAUGACCCUGUCGAGAUUUCCAGAUUUCUUCAAGUGUGCUGUGGCUGGUGCCCCCGUGACGUCAUGGGAUGGAUAUGACACAUUUUACACAGAGAAGUACAUGGGACUGCCGUCUGAGAAUCGAACAGGCUACGAAAGCGGUUCUGUGAUGCACCAUGUGCACAGGAUGAAAGGGCGCUUGUUGCUUGUGCAUGGGAUGAUCGACGAGAAUGUUCAUUUUAGGCACACUGCAAGGCUCGUCAAUGCACUUAUCGCGGCUGGAAAACCUUAUGAGCUAAUGAUUUUUCCAGACGAGCGCCACUUGCCCAGACGUCACAGAGACCGAGUUUAUAUGGAGGAGAGGAUCUGGGACUUCAUAGACAAGAAUCUGUAGGGUAAGAGCUUGUGUAUAUUGCAUCUUUGGUCCUGUUCACGUGGCCCCAUUAGAUUCUGUUCAUAAUAAUUACAAGAAAUGUUUCUUUUCGCCUGAUUAUGGUUUACCUCUGUAAUUACCACAUUACAUAUUUGUUGGUUUUGAGGCCUUUAGUUAAUUCCAUUCCUUUUGUGAGACUGAAUUUCAUCUUCAUAAAAAUGGUAAUCGUUAAGGGCCUUCAGAUAUUA